UACUGACUAGUGAUCCUCCGAAGAUUCGCUUUGCUGUAUUUACCCACCAGGAUUCAAUAGAUCUUUGGUAAAGCUGUCCAAACAACUCCAUUUUAUUAUGUUAUCCUCUAACCCCCACAGAUGUUGGUUCAGCCAUACCUGUCAUCCUUCCACUAAAUCUCAUCGCAAUGGACGCCUUUCUGCGAAAAGAUAUGGACAUAACCAAGCACCAUUUCCCAUCCAUCCUGGAAAUUGCACAGAGGCAAUUAGGGCUAUGCUUCUUGAUGCAAAUUGAAGAGAAAAGAGGCAUCUGAAUCCAAUCAAGCCGCCUCAUUCCAUGCUUUCACUUUACUGAAGAAAGCAUGCAUGAUUAAACCGGGCGAGAGCGAGUUAGUAAACUGCCUCUCUAGCGGUAUAAGUAUAGUCCAAGAGGGAGUGCUCGGAUUCCCCCUUCGCCUCUCCAGUUUCCAUCUCUCGUCCUAAUCCUGAUAGUUUAUGAGUGGUGGCUCUUACAUCUCUCCCAGUCCAGCAGUUCUCCUAUACCUUCCUCUCCUAUCCCACUCCUCUCUAACCACUGUACUAAAACUAGUACCGGAGCUGGACUGCUUCUACUUGAACUGAUAGCUUGUACCUAUACAUUAUAUACCUCUUCUUGCUCGUACCAAUAACCAUUGGCAACCACCACUGAGAACUGCAUUGCUCAAGGACAUGGAAAUCACAAGAGUUUGCAUCGUUCUUGUUCUGCUUUGCGUAUUUCUAAGAGAGGGCAGAGCUGUGACAUUCACGUUCGUGAACCGGUGCACGGGGAUGGUCUGGCCGGGCAUCCAGUCGAACGCCGGGACCUCGAGGCUGAAUCCGACGGGUUUCGCGCUGCCGCCGGGUGCGGCGCGCGCGGUGCCGAUACCGUCCGGCUGGUCGGGUAGGCUGUGGGCGCGCACCGGCUGCGCACAGGACUCCACUGGGAAGGUCGUCUGCGCCACGGGAGACUGCGGCACCGGCUCUCUGGAGUGCAACGGCCUCAACGCCGCGCCGCCGGCCACGCUGGCCGAGUUCACACUCGACGGCAGUGGCGGCAACGACUUCUACGACGUCAGCCUCGUGGACGGGUACAACCUGCCGAUACUGAUCGAGCCAGCGGGCGGCGCCAGCGGCCCGACGACGUGCGCCGCGGCGGGGUGCGCCGCGGACCUGAACGCGCGGUGCCCCGCGGAGCUGCGCACCCAGGGCGGCGCCGCGUGCCGUAGCGCGUGCGACGCCUUCGGCAAGCCCGAGUACUGCUGCAGCGGCGCGUACGCCAACCCCAACACCUGCCACCCCACCGCCUACUCGCAGGUGUUCAAGACGGCGUGCCCCAAGUCGUACAGCUACGCCUACGACGACCCGACCAGCACCUUCACCUGCGCCGGCGGCCGCGACUACACCAUCACCUUCUGCCCCAUCGCCAUCCCAAGCCUGAAAUCGUCAAGUGGACCUGGAGCAACGACGGCACCGACAGGUCCGACGCCGACGGUGCCGGGGAGCAACCACGGUGCAGGGGACCAAGGUGUCGGCGGCGGCGAGCCGGACGGCCAGGGCGUGAUGCUGGGCGACAACUCCUGGUUCGCAAGCCUCGCCACCGGCGACGCGCCAUCCGCGCCGUCGAGGCUCGCGCUCCGGGCCUUGCCGCGCCUCAUGCCGCUCUUGCUCUGCCUGCUGCUAUAGCAUCGGCGGCAUCAACCAACCAACCCAAUCCGAGUGAGGCGAAAAUUUUGGUCAAACCGAGACGGGCGUCGCAGGCGCGCACGCAUGCACGGGCCACCGGAGCAAAGCGAGAGGGUGCCCGAGCCCCACCUGCCGCGCUGC